CAGAAAUGCAUGAAGUUUAAUGUGGAGUCUCCCAUCUGGUUGUCUAAACAACGAAUCCUCUGCACACUCAACCAGAGCUUGAAGGAUGUGCUAAACUAUGGCCUCUUUCAGCCUGCGUACAAUAGCAAAGCCGGGAAGUUCCUGGAUGAGCAGCGAACACUGAAAGAAUACCCACUUCCCGCCAUCUCUCCUGUCCCGUACCUAGAGUUUCGCUACAAGAGGCGAGUGUACACACAAUCUCACCUGGAUGAAAAACAGCUGUCGAAGCUUCACACUAAGGCUAACUUGAAGAAGUUUAUGGAAUAUGUUCAACAAAGGAACGUUGAGAAGGUAUCAAAGUUUCUGGAGAAAGGGCUCGACCCAAACUUCCACGACCCAGAGACCGGAGAAUGUCCAUUGACAAUGGCGUCGCAGCUGGAAGGUUGUGCAGAGCUCAUAAAGGUUCUGAAGGAAUAG